AUGAGCGGCCUACGGUUCCUCGACUUGGUCAAACCCUUUGUACCUCUGGUACCCGAAAUUCAACUGCCCGAGAGCAAGGUCCCCUUCAACAACCGCCUGGUAUGGACGGGCCUCACCCUCUUGGUUUUCUUGGUCAUGAGCCAAAUGCCCCUGUACGGCAUUGUGUCGUCUGAUACCUCGGAUCCGCUAUACUGGCUGCGUAUGAUGAUGGCGAGUAAUAGAGGUACUCUGAUGGAGCUGGGUAUCACGCCCAUCAUCACCUCCGGCAUGGUUUUCCAGCUCCUCGCUGGAACCCACCUGAUUGACGUCAACCUCGACCUGAAGUCCGACCGCGAGCUUUACCAGACCGCCCAGAAGCUUCUUGCCAUUCUCCUGUCCUUUGGCCAGGCUGUUGUCUAUGUUAUCUCUGGCCUCUACGGACAGCCUUCUGAUCUCGGUGCCGGUAUCUGCGUUCUCCUCGUCAUUCAGCUCAUGAUCGCCGGUCUCAUAGUCAUUCUCCUCGAUGAGCUUCUCCAGAAGGGCUAUGGUCUCGGCAGUGGUAUUUCGCUGUUCAUUGCCACCAACAUUUGCGAGUCCAUCAUGUGGAAGGCUUUCUCCCCCACCACCAUCAACACUGGUCGUGGCCCCGAAUUCGAAGGUGCCAUCAUCGCCCUUGUUCACCUUCUGUUCACCUGGCCCAACAAGACGGUUGCGCUCAAGGAGGCUUUCUACCGCCAGAACCUGCCCAACGUCAUGAACCUGAUUUCAACUGUCAUCGUCUUCGGCGCUGUCAUCUACCUCCAGGGCUUCCGUGUCGAGAUUCCCGUCAAGUCUGCCCGCCAGCGUGGUGUCCGCGGCUCGUACCCCGUCCGUCUAUUCUACACAUCCAACAUGCCCAUCAUGCUGCAGUCGGCUCUGUCCUCCAACGUCUUCCUCAUCAGCCAGAUGCUGUACAGCCGCUUCUCCGACAACCUCCUCGUCAAGCUUAUCGGUGUCUGGGAACCCAAGGAGGGUUCUGCCCAACUGUCUCCCCCUCUGAGCAUCACCGAAGCGCUCUCCGACCCCCUCAAGACCGCAAUCUUCAUCGUCUACAUGCUCGUCGCCUGUGCAGUCUUCUCCAAGACCUGGAUCGAGGUCUCUGGCUCCUCCCCCCGCGAUGUAGCCAAGCAGCUCAAAGAGCAAGGUCUCGUCAUGGCCGGUCACCGUGAAGAAUCCAUGUACAAAGAGCUCAAGCGCGUUAUCCCCACCGCCGCCGCCUUUGGUGGUGCCUGCAUUGGUGCGCUCUCCGUUGGUAGCGAUCUCCUUGGUGCGCUUGGUAGUGGUACUGGUAUCCUUUUGGCUGUCACAAUCAUCUACGGAUACUUUGAGAUUGCGGCCAAGGAGGGCGACAUGGCUGGAUUGAAGGGUAUGGUCAUGGGAUAA